CAGCGCUGCCCAGCGCGGUUUGCUCGGCUCUAUCUUUGGGGCAGCCCCGGAACGCGUGCCUCCCGCCGACGGAACGGGACCGAGGCAAGCCGAGCAGCCGCCCGCGACGCUCGCAUCGCGAAGCGGCAGCGCUGGGCUGCACCCCCAGCCAGCGGAAAACUAUCCACAGCGCCGGCGGGCGACGCGAAGCCAUGGAGGCCGCCGCGAAAGCCGCCGCCGCCGCCGCCGACACGCCGCGCACGAAUCAAACGCGCUGCGCCAUCGCCACGACGUCCUGCGCCGCGCCCGGCGUCGACGUCCUGUGCUGGUGGGCGACGUACCAUAUCAAACUUGGUGUGGAUACGAUCUACCUGUACGUCCACGACGCGUCGGUCGUGGAACCGAAGAAGAAGGCCCAAGGCGUCGCGGCGCCGUCGCCACUCCUCCUCAAAGUACAAGAGCGGCUCAAAUCCCUGAACCUGGAGCGGCAGGUCCUCGCGUUGCCGGCGUUGAGCCACCAGAAGGGCGCGGGGACCGUGGAUGUGGUCGCCAUGCAAGAGCGCGACGUGCACGACGCCAUCCGACGAGCUCGAGCGUCUGGCUUUGAUUGGCUUUUCCACGUCGACGACGACGAGUUGCUCCAUCUGACGAGUGGCAAAUUUGGUAAGGGCGAACUGGCAAAAGUCGUUGAAAAGGCGCGCGAUUCGACGUUUAACCUGAGGCUGGACAAUCUGGAAGUGCGACGGACCUUUCCCGAGAUCAAAGAACCGUACAAUUUUUUUGAGGAAGAGACGCAUUUCAAGUUGAGAGUGGCCCUACAUGCGGACGGGUCCUCGGUCAAGAAGCACCACGACGCGCGCUUUUAUAUUCAUGGGGGCAACCCGGCGUCCGGGGCGGACAACACGACAGCUCCCUUUUUAAGUUAUUGGAACGGGAAGAGUGGAGGGCGCCUCAGCGAGCCCGGUCUCAAGCCCUGCGGCGUGCAUUUUUUCGGAAGCGCGCGGGGCGACGCGGCGCGCAACGGCGCGCAGGACGCCGCCGACGGCUUGGUGUUGCUCCACUACCCCUUCUGCCACUUCGCGACGUGGCGCCACAAGUUUAACGUGCUGGACGCCACCCAAAGGUCGGACUGGGGCCACUACCGGGCGGCCCGCUUAAAAAUUGUGGAGGCGAUGGCGCCGGGCGGCGGCGGCGAAAAGGCCAUCGAGGAAUUUUAUAGGGAGGCCGUCAUGCUCAAGGGGGCACCCACCUCGGAUGUGGAGCACGUCGCCGUGAAUCUGCCCGCUUCGGCACGACCGCAGCAGUGGCGCACGGGCGUCUACAAGCGCAUCGAUGACGGAGAAGGACGGUGCUACGCGCGGUGCGAGAAGGCCGACAAGGACGGGCCCAAGUCGUACCUCUGGAACAUUCCCUCGAAGAAGAUGUGGCUCGUCGGCUCGACGCCCGGCGCGACGACGGGCGCGGCCGUCGCGUACGAUGAGGCAGAAGACCCAUCGAAGAUCGGCGCCCCGUGGUGCGUCUACGACGGCAGCGCGUGGGUCAAGGCGGCGGGCGCGGCCGUGGGCGCCAUCAACGUUGAUGGGGAGGGGCGGCGCUACGCGGUCGUCGACGCGAAGCGAAUUUUCGGGGACGCCCCCCUCCCCACCGGAGGUGAAGAGGAGGUGAAGAGGCGGAGCCAGCCCGACCACGCGCGCCUCGCGGCGAUCGUCCUGGCGGCGCUCACUCACGAGCCCUACGCCGCCGUCUUCUGGCGGGCCUGCGAGAAGGCGGCGAAGCGCGAGCCGCCGGGCGCGGAGCGCAAGCCCGAGGCUUGCAAACGGGCGCUCGCGGCGGGCGCGCGCGCCGUCGGCGCGCCGCGCGUCGCCGCGUCGCUCGUGGCUGAAAGGAUGGCGGCGCUGCCCGAGCACAAGCGGCGCGCGGCGCGGACGCUCUCGAAGUCGCGCGACGCCCACGCCGACGUCCUCUCGAAAACAACCGAGGACGCCGUCGUGCUGUCGAUCCCCGGCGCCGAGUCCGUCCAGUCCUGGCGCGCCGGCGUCUACGCGCGCGAGACGCAGACGCUGUACAAGCGCGUGCGCGAGGCCGACGAGCAGGAAUCCUUUUUAUAUGCGCUGCCGAAGCGCGGGAUGUGGCUCGUGGGGUCCACGCCGGGCUCGACCGUCGGCGGGCUCGUCGCCUACGACGAGGUCCGCGACGCGCGCAAGCUCAACUGCGCCUGGCACGUCUUCGACGGGCGGACGUGGGCGCCGGCGCGCGGCGUGGCCGUGACGGUGGCGAAGGGGCGGGGGUAAGCAUCGAAAGACAA